CGCGUCAAAGUCUCCUCCUCUCUCUCAUCUCUCCUCUCCUUCUUCGCCUGUGUGAAGUCUAAAGAAGAAGACCGACGGUUCACGAAUCCUGAUCCUUCGACGUCGUAUCAUCAAUCCUCAGUUUCGUUUUACUAUCUCUCGAUUGAUGCCAAGACCUCUGAGUUUGCAUCUGGGUUUCUGGGCUUAAGCUCUCUCUCUCUCCCUGGGUUACAUCAACCGAGUUUUUUCAUAGAAAUGUUGCUUCUUCCCAGGGUUUUGUUCUUCUGGUUGAACACUACGAAGAAAGUUGAAAUUUUUUUGAUCUGUCUCUGCUUAAAAACUGCAUUAUUUCUGGUGUCUGCUGAUCCACAAACAUGUCCUGCGGAGUCGGGAGCGAAGUGUAGCGGUUCUGGUGAUUGGGAAGGAGAGUUCUUCCAUGAGAUCCCUCACAUUAAGGACUUAAGAGCAGUAACCCACUUGCUUACAAACGCAGAAGAGGAGAUUCUUGGCAGUAACCCACUUGCUUACAAGUGGUAUAACCCACUUUGUUGA